CUCUACCUUGCUUUGAUGGCCAACAGUCUCGUCUAUGCUUGUUGGCCCCCUCCCAAUCACUAGUCAUCUCAACACCUUAAACCUUCCUGACAAACCAUCCAUCUUCUUUCAUUUCCUCUGCUGAUUACUACUCACUUGCAAUGGCACGGGAGACAGUGAUUCCCUCCCUCGAGGAGCCUAAACCAUCUCAUACCAGCAAGGACGAUCGCAUACACGUGACCGAGACAUCCACCGGUGGCAAUCACGAUGAAGAUGCGCAACUCAAUCCCCGGCAUUGGCACCCUUGGAAAAAGCGUUUUCUGUUCUUUGCGCUUAUGUCUAGCUCUAUCCUAGCAGACGGUGGCAUGACCUGGGGAGCCACCCUGAUCGUUCCUCAGGCUUUGGACUGGGAUAUCACCGUCAAUCAAUCAGCAACCACGAUGAACUAUGGUAUGUUGUUGCAAGGUGUAGGUGGAUUGAUGGCUAUUCCCCUCAUUGAGGCUUACGGCCGCCUUCCUGUUUGGCUUUGGCCGCAGUUCAUCACCACCUUCAUGGUUGUCGGAGCCACUUUGUCGAAUAGCUUUGGUGUUUUUACGGCCUUCAGAUCCCUUCAAGGACUAUUUGGAACGGUGCCCCAGGUGGUUGGCCUUCCAAUAAUCCAUGACAUGUAUUCUCCGGAAGAAUGGUCGCAGAUGAUUAAUAUCUGGGGGACCACUUUCCUUGUUGGCCCAUUUCUGGGACCUGCACUGGCCGGCUAUAUUGGAGCAGGGAGUAACUGGAAGGUAUCCUUUGGGAUCCUAGCAGUGCUCUAUGGCCUAUCUACCGUGCUCAUUUUUCUAUUUGGUUAUGAAACGUAUUAUGUUCGCGGACGACAGUGUCAGCAGAACAGUCGCCUGUUGUCGAUGUUUGGCGUCCGGAACCAUAAUCUCGCCCCCGGUCCGACUUUGCUCCACUGGUGCAAGACACUGGUGGUGUAUAUCUUCAAGACACCACUGCUGUUGACCGGUAUUGCUACCAUGGUCAAUUUCUGCUGGCCUAUUGGAAUCACGGUGACUGUGUCCACUUUCGUGGCCGAGCCCCCAUAUCUGUUUAACACCGUACAGUCGGCCUCGUUGCGAUGGGCUGCUAUCCUUGGCGCCCUUCUUGGCUGGGCUUAUGGUUACUGGUUCGACAGCUGGGUCACUCGCAUCAGUGCGGCAACAUACUAUACGGAGAAGCGGCUCCAUGGCGUCUGGGCCGCCAUCAUCACCAUGGCCUGUGGGCUUCUUACCUACGGGUUUACCUUGAAUUACGGCAAGCAUUGGAUUGGGUUGGCGUUCGGAUGGCUGUUGGUGGUCGCGGGCAUGGUUGCCAGUACAGUAUCCAUUACGGCCUACGCACUGGAAAAGUAUCCCGAGCAGUCUACUGUCGUUUCUGCUAUUAUCAAUGCAUGGCGCACCGCCAGCGGGUUCUCGGUGGGAUAUUUCCAGCCUUCCUGGAUUGAACGCGAUGGAAUCGCUGCGGUCUUUGGCACACAAGCAGCAGUGGUGGUGGUUAAUAUGAUUCUUACGAUUACCCCUGUCAUUGUGAUGGAAAGAUGCAAGUACAGACAAAAACCAGGCUUGGCAUAG